GGAAAUGGAGCCGAGCUGGAGUACGUUUCUUUUUCAACAGGCCAAUGAAGCCCUCCACCACCAGCACCAGGUGGCCCAGAACAGCCUGCUGCCACUUCUUAACGCAGGAUCUGAUCAAAUUGACCAGAAGCCUAUCCUUCCCAUCCAUCUAGAUCAGAAGCCCCCUUCCAGUGCUUUGGAUCUCCUCAAGGACAAUGUGGCCAGUGGAGGAGGCGCACGGAUGCCAAUGCCUGUGAUAAAGAAGGAACACAAAGGCAAAACGCCUUUCGUCUGUGGCUACUGCAACAAAGCCUUCCGUGACAGCUACCACCUGCGACGCCAUGAGUCCAGCCACACCGGUAUCAAGAUGGUGUCACGGCCAAAGAAGACCGCCCAGACAGCCCCCACCAUGGUCCCCAUGAUUUCGACCAUGCCGCGAGACAACAACGGCCACCCUUCCUACAUUUCCACAGUAGCAGGCAUCCUCUCCACCGCAACCACCUCCGUUUCCUCAAGUAUCAUGUCAUCAUCCCCAAUGGGCAGUAUGCCGCAGCAAAACGUCGCCAAGAAACCUGCCAAACCUGUCAAGAAAAACCACGGGUGCGAGAUGUGUGGCAAGGCCUUUCGUGAUGUCUACCAUCUGAAUCGCCACAAGCUCUCCCAUUCAGAUGAAAAGCCUUUCGAGUGCCCCAUCUGCCAGCAACGCUUUAAAAGGAAGGACCGAAUGACCUACCACGUUCGCUCUCACGACGGAGGAGUCCACAAGCCCUACGUGUGUUCCGUGUGUGGGAAAGGCUUUUCCAGGCCGGACCACUUGAGCUGUCAUGUGAAGCAUGUGCAUUCCUCAGAAAGACCGUUUAAAUGUCAAGUAACGGCCUGUACCUCUGCUUUUGCCACCAAAGACAGACUCCGUUCCCACAUGAUCAGGCAUGAAGGCAAAGUCACCUGUAGCAUCUGUGGGAAAAUGCUCAGCGCGGCUUACAUCACCAGCCAUUUGAAGACUCACGGACAGACCAACUUUAACUCCUGUAACAAAGGUAAUGAAGUUUGCCAUUCUGCCUCGGUUACACCUGUGACCAUCUCGGCCCCCAUCACCACGGCGAUGAACCGGAUCCACUCCAACAACGCCGUCACCAUAGCCACACAAAUGAACAUUAGCACCAACACGGUCAACAUCACGUCUCCGGUCAGCCUCCAGCACCCUGUCACCAUCACUGGGCCCAUCAACAUCUCCUCUGUCAACAUCCCCACCACGGCGCACAUGAAUAUCGCCCACCCAGUCGCAAUAACCACCCCCAUGUCUAUGAAUAUAGCCGGUCCACUCAACAUCGCCAUGAGGCCAGUGGAUAGCAUGCCUUUUCUGUCCCAGGUCUUGCCUUCUUCCCCACCCUGGUAAAAGAAGAGACAGAGAGAGAAAGAGAGAGAGCAUCGAACUGGCCAGAAAGAAAGGGAAAAUGAAGUGAAACAAGCGACUCCGGUCUUCUAUUAUUUGCACCUCGAGCCCAGCUCUUUCUAUCCCCCGAACUCUGUUUACUUCACCAAACCUCGAAGUGAAUACUGUAUUUACACGAGCUGUGCGGCUUGGUAGGAGCUCCCAACCCCCUCGCCGCCAAGUCACAGCUGCGUCCCGCCUAAUGUUAAGUGACUGACACGAGAUGCAGAACAGUUGAGUAGAUAUCGAGUAGGAGUUACCUUGAAAUCAGGACAACCGUAAGACUUAGCGUAGUCAGUUAGAAUGAUGAAACUGUGAUUUGUAUCAUGACAAAUGAGAGGAGACGAUUCCUCGAGCACCCUUGAGGGACUCCCCCUUGGAAAACCCCACACGUGCUUUUGUAAACGGGAGAUGAGAAAUAGACUGAAGCAAUAAGUAUAAAUUGCUCUUUUCGAUGUUUUACACGUUUUUCCUCCCAAAGCCUCUGGGUGUUACUUUGUACUUUGUUGGUUUUUAUUUUAUUUUUUUUAAACUAUAGCCUGCUAAUCACUAUUUAAUGUUAUAGGAAAUGAGUCUAGUUAAAGGGACAGCAGCUUCCAUUUGCAUUGAAGAAUAUUUUUCACAGUGCUAUAGCUUUUCUUUAUCUUCUCAGAUAGUAGGUAUGCUCUUGAGGUACAGUGACUAACUUGUACAGUUGACAUAGUAAUGUAUUUUCAUGUCAGCAUUUUUAAUUUUUCUGCUUUUGUCAUUCAAGUCGACACUGUCCUCUCGACUAUGGAAUAUUUGUACUUGUACUUGUUUUCUAUUUGUAUGGAAUCUCAAAGGUUUGUUUUAUUUUUAUUUUUUUGCCUAUUGGUAGUGUUCAUUUGUCCAUGAAGGCAGAAUGGAAUGAGUCUUGCACUGAAAGCAUAUCCUACAUGCAGGUGAACAGCAGUAUUAUCAAAGAUCAAAAUUGGGAGUCUCGAGUGUUUCGGUUGGGCAGCCUACACUUGAGGCCAUCUAGUGGCUGAACGUGGAAAAAGGCCUGGCUUUGUAGUGAAGCUUUUUCAGGCUGUUCGUGUCAUCAUCAUGGUGACUGAUUUUGUUUUGUCUGACUCUUCUGUACACUGUUUUUUUUUUGGUUUUGGUUUUUUUUAAAUCAUUUAUCUGUGAUAGCCCCAAGAUGAUACUAUGGAUCCUUCACUCAGGAAACACACAAAAAAGCCCAUUACUCAUGAACUUAGCUCCUUUUUUUUUAUUGAGUAUAUCUACCAUGUAUCUUAAUUCUUGACUUCUCCAUCUUCCUUUUUAGAUUCCCUGAAUCAUUUGGCAUUGUUGUUUUAAGAGCUGAGUAGACUUCCAUCAGGGAGAAGAAGUCAAAGAAUUGAUUUUAAACAUAGCCGUCCAUCGAAGUAAUAAUUUACUGUACAAUGGCAUACAUACUGUACUUUUUUUUUUUUACAUUUCCUUUGAAGUCCAGUUCAGUCUCAGGCUGCAUACGUAGGUGGCUGAGAACUGGCUGAGUUUGAUCAAAUGCAAGUUUGUAACCAUUCAAAUAAUGGGAUAAGAUUGACGUUGCAUGAGCCCAAACACUGUAGCUGUUGAACAGAACUAUUUUUUAAUGAAUGCCAUGUUAUCUCAACCGUGUUGCAGCUCUUUGAGUUGAUUCAGUUUAUACUGAACAAUGCAAUAUGCAUGUUUGUCAUUUUUUCCCCAAUUUGUUUUAAACAAAAAAUAUUAGUGUAGCUUUUUUUUUUUUGUUCUUAUGCAUUUACGUAGAUACACUAUGAUAGCCUGUUUGCCAAAUUUGAUACAACAAUAAUAAUAAUGUGAUGAACUGAACAUUUCUUGUGGAAUUGAACAUCUCUUUAUUUUUAAGGAAAAAAAAUAUGAAUUGGAAAUUCCAGGACCCUUGUGAAAGCAGUUGAAUGUAUAUCUUUGUACAAAACUAUUUUAGUUCCAAGGAUAUGGUAGUUACAAUAGAUGUGAAAGAUAAAAUAACCUUUUUUAUAAAUCUUUUGUAUUAGAACAUUAACAAUGGUAAUUUUGUAUAUAUGAGAGGUUAGGCUUUCUGAUUAGCAGAAAGGUCAAACAUUCCUACAUUUUUUUAAAAUGUAUGUUUGUCAAAUUAUUACAUAAACAUGCGCAAUGUUAUGUGCCUUUUAUUUGGGUUGUCUAAAUAAAAGAAAACUAUCAAA